CCCUUGUGCAACUCUCUUCGAAAAGGAAGACCGAAGGGGCGGGUUUCUCUGGCUACUUCGGACGCGAACCACCAGGCAACAGCAACAGCUGCAACACCGGUCCAAACUCCGCGUUGCUCCUCGCCCCUUUUCGCCUCUCUCCGGUGUGCCCUGUUUCUCUUCCGGUGAGGCGGCGAGCGGCGGAGCAUGUCGAUGCUGUAGGCUUCCGGACGAUAUAAUUUGGCCCUCAGAAAAAAAGCCGCUCCCCCUUGUUCAGCACGCUCUCCAUGGAAGUGCACCAGGCGAAACACAGUUAUGAGGUUCGGGAGGAGGAGGAGGCGGAGGCGGAGAAAGAGUUCAGUUCUGAAGCCUCAUUUCUGAGAUUGGUUUCGGAUGUUGGUUUGGCCAUCGGCAAGUCCAAGCGCGUAGAUGACGUUGUUUGCGCCCUUCACUCGCUGGCCAUUCGUCUCUUCCAUGUGGAUUCUGCUCUUUUGUCAGGAUGCCUUGAUUACACUUGUAAAAAUCAGGUCACUCAGGUGAAGGUUCCAAGUCUUGCUAGCAGGGAAGUUUAUUGGCGCUGUUUUUACCAAGGAUCUCCUUUUGCAGCAUUUGCAAAGAUUUUACUCUAUGAUAUUGCUCUGAACUGGCUGCCUUGUUUUCCUUUGACGGCAAGGACACUUGUUUUUGAUUCUUUUUUUGUUAAUGCACCUCCAAGUGAGGCUAUUCAGGCAUUAAUUCCUGCCUUAUCUAACAAACAAAGUGGCUUGGACAAGAGAGCUAAUCUAGAUCUUGUUUGUUCAAAUGCUGAAAGGCUGUUGGUGCUUUGUUUGUUUGAGCAUCAAGGAGUAUGUCGUCUAGUAAAAGAGUUCACUCCAUCAGUGGUGACUGAUUGUACUGGUGGGCUACUGACAGAACAUAAUCUGGUGUUUGAAUCAAAGGUAGCACAGAUGGUGGUAUCUAUUCCUGACAAAGCUAGAAUUGGUGCCCUAGAUGCACUUUCUGCAUAUUGGUUCUUCAGGCAAGUUUCUAUUCAGAUUCUUGCUGUAAUCAAAGACAGUGUUCUAGCGGUUUCUGGAGGAGAAGAUUUAUCUUCUGCUUCAAAUGGUGCUUUUUCAUUUAUUAGUCAGUUGAUUUCUCGCAUUUGUAGACGUGGUUCAGCAGAUAUCCUACUUCAUGAGAUGUUUCUUUCUAUACUGAACGAUGUGCGUGGAUGUUUAUUAGCCAAUGUUGAUUCCUCACGUUUGACGGAAUCAAAUUCCAGAGUGGUAGUUUGGCAAGGUUUGGUCAGAGCAAUAAAAGACUCAUAUGCUGUAGAAAAAUUUUCUGAAGGAUUGUUGCUUCUGAUGUUCAGAAGGCAAAUUAAUGAUGAAGAAGCAUAUGGCGUACUCCAGAUUCUCUUUUCUAAAGCUCUUAAGCAUGAUCUGGCAACAAGGAAUCUGUUCACUGAGAAGUUUUUACUUCGGAAAGUGUUCCCCAUCCCUUGCUUGAGAUGGAUAUUGCAGUUUGCUGUCUUCCAAUGUGCACCUUCUACAAAUAUGCGUGAGGUACAUGCCACUCAAUGCUCUCUAGGGAUUUUUGGAAGCUUAAUCAAGUUAUGGUCCCAAAAGGAGUUCGUGCAAUCAUCUCCCAUGGAUCAACAAGCAUAUAUCUCUGCUGCUGUUGGUCUCAUUUUAGAAAAGCUUUCUAAAGAAAGUCUUGAUGCAAUAGAUGUGUCACACUUACUUCUUCAAGGAGUUAGCAAUAGAUUGGAGAACCCAGACCAUUUGAUUCGAACAAUGGCCAGCAGUGUGGCUUUGGCAUUCUCCAAAGUAGUUGAUCCAAAAAAUCCUCUUUUCCUUGAUGAUAGGUGUAAGGAAGAAACAGUUGAUUGGGAAUUUGGCCUCCCUUCUAAAAUUAAAGGGCUUAAGAUUGAUGUGCAUGAGACAGAAAACAAAGUAGAGACUGAGCAGUCUUUCCCUAUGCUCGACUCAGAAUUGAACAUUCAACCUGAUGAUGUCAGGCACGAAACAAAUGAUGAUAUGAUGACUGAAUCCUCUAAACAUGCUAGGAGCAAGAAUUUAGAUAGUAGAGUACCUGUCAGUGGCGUAAAGCUAUCUGAGACCACUUUAGUUGAUCCUGAUGAAAUUGUAGAUCCAGCAGCAUUAUGUAAUGAACAUCGUUAUGCGGAAGAUAGUGACGAUGCUGAAAGCAGGGACUCUGAAGCUUCUAGCGAAUCUUCUCUUCAACCAUAUGAUAUGUCGGAUGACAAUAUGGAUCUAAGAAGAAAAUUUUCUCAAUUGACAGAUAUUGUUACAGCUCUCCGCAAGUCUGAUGAUCCUGAUGGUGUCGAAAGAGCUCUUUAUGUUGCUGAAAAUCUCAUACGAGCAGCACCAGAUGAACUUCAGUAUGUGGCAGGAGAUCUUGCUAAAGCACUUGUUCAUGUCCGAUGCUCUGAUAUAGCUGUUGAGGGGGAAGAAGAAUCUGAUGAGCAGAAGCGGCAAAAAGCACUUGUUGCAUUGGUUUUUUCAUGUCCAUUUGAAUCUUUGGAUGUUCUCACUAAGUUGUUAUAUUCUCCAAAUGUGGAUAUCAGCCAAAGGAUCCUAAUCCUUGAUGUGCUGACAGAUGGAGCUCUUGAACUCUCUCAUGCUAAGAGCACUAUAGGAGUGAAGUGUCAAGAUCAAUCUCUUGUUUCAGUUGUUGGUUUAGGAAGUCGACCAUGGUAUGCUCCUAGUAGCAAAGGACCUGCUGGUGCUGGCCCCUGGAAGGAGAUUUCAGAGACUGACACAUUGCUGAGUUGGUCACAUAGGUAUGAGAGGAAACUCCCUACUAAAUCAGUGCAUCUCAAAAUGGGAAAGUCUCGAAGAUGGGGCAGCCAAUCAUUGAAAAUACAUGAAAACCUUGAGUGGACAAAAAACAGAUUUCCGAUGUAUGCUGCGGCUUUUAUGCUUCCAAUUUUGCAAGGAUAUGAUAAGAAAAUCCAUGGUGUGGAUCUACUUGGGAGGGACUUCAUUGUUCUUGGGAAACUGAUUCAUCUGCUUGGAGUUUGCAUGAAAUGUAUGGCUUUGCAUCCAGAAGCAUCAGCAUUAGCUUCACCAGUGCUCGACCUAAUUAGCUCAAGGAUGGUUUCUCAUCAUGCUGAAGCAUUUGUUAGAAGAUCAGCCCUUUUCACGGCUUCAUGUAUAUUGCUUUCUCUUCAUCCAUCAUUUAUCGCUUCCUCCUUGGUUCAAGGAAAUGAUAUUGCCAGAGGACUUGAGUGGAUACGAACUUGGAUUCUUCAUGUUGCUGAAACGGACAUAGACACUGAAUGUUCAUCAAUGGCUAUGGCAUGCCUUCAACUUCACUCAGAAAUGGCUCUUCAAGCUUUCAGAGCUGUUGAAUCAUCAGAUUCUUCAGAUGGAAGCAUUUCCAAUUUACUGAAAGGGUCUAUCAAGUUCAAGUAUAACAUGUAAAAUGAGAUUUGUCGUAGGUUAUUUGUGCAUCAAUCAAGUUUUAUGUUGCUCAUAAAUGUAAUGCCCCAUUCUGUCAUAUUAUCAGUGUGUAAUCGCUCAUGUAAAUUGAUGUGUAUCCUGCCUGCUGAUCUGCUAUCUGCACAAAAAUGGGAUAUGGCACUUACUAGAUCUACAGGCUGCAAACUACUGGAAGUGGCUUUAUCAUAAAACGUAGGAAACAAAUACAAUUUUCUGUGUACUGGGGGUGAAUCAAGGAAAACUUUCUAUGGAGCAGAAAAGGUAA